CUCCGCCCAUAGCCGCGACGCCAUUUGCCACUGCCGAACGUGGGCGCAGGCGACUCUCGGAAGCACCGGUGAGCAACCUCUUCCGAGCACGCUUCUCGGCUUCCCGCAUAGUCUUCCUCCCGCGCGUCUCUCGGCGUCGCCCCGCGGAGUCACCGCCGUUCCCGACGCCACCCGGAGCACGGUCCCACAGGCCGUCAGCCCGUCUUUGCCGCCAUGCCCAAGAAUAAAGGAAAAGGAGGUAAAAACAGACGUAGAGGAAAGAAUGAGAAUGAAUCUGAAAAGCGAGAGCUGGUGUUCAAAGAGGAUGGGCAAGAAUAUGCUCAGGUAAUCAAAAUGUUGGGAAAUGGACGAUUAGAAGCAAUGUGUUUCGAUGGUGUGAAGAGACUAUGCCACAUCAGAGGGAAAUUGAGAAAAAAGGUUUGGAUAAAUACCUCAGACAUCAUAUUGGUGGGCCUCCGAGAUUAUCAGGAUAACAAAGCCGAUGUCAUUUUAAAAUACAACGCAGAUGAAGCUAGAAGUCUCAAGGCAUAUGGCGAGCUUCCAGAGCAUGCUAAAAUCAAUGAAACUGAUACAUUUGGUCCUGGAGAUGAUGAUGAAAUUCAGUUUGAUGACAUUGGGGAUGAUGAUGAAGACAUCGAUGAUAUCUAAAAUGAACUCAACAUUUUACAUUCCAGUCCUUCCGAAGAUUGCCCUGCAAGUUUGGAAUCUGGUCAUAGACCUCAAGGAAAAGUUUUCACUGUAUUGAUAGUAAUUUGUUGAGACAGACUUGAUUCAAUACUAAGGUCGCUUCUUUCAAAGCUGAAAAUAUCUUUUAAGUGAUAUGUUAAGCCCACUUUGUUCAUUUGAUGUAAUUGAACUCAAAGAAGGUCAUGUAAGGAAAAAAAAUACAUUACUGCCUUUCCUACUUUGACCCCUUCCAGUAAGUAAAUGGAUGUUUUGAAUAAACAAUUUGCCUUGUAUGCAUAAA